AUGAAAACGAAAAAUACAAUCCCUAUAGAAAAGCAAAAUAAAAAGGACAAUGAAAAAAAGGAAUACACAAAAAAGAAAAAAAUUAUGAUAAAAAAAAAAAUCGAAACUGACAUUAAAAAUAAGUUGGAAAAAAUUGCUGCAAAAAAUGAAAAAGAAAGUGACGAAAAAAAAACUGAUAAUUAUUAUGAAGAAAAAAAUAUAAGUGUAGAUAAAAAGCAUAAUCCUAUAAAAAAUAAAACAUUACCCGAUAUGAGUGAAUUCUUUAAAGAAACUGAAGACUCUACUUCUGUAAAUCAGUGCUAUAAAAAUAAUAGCAAUAUAAUAAGUGCAAUAAAUAUCGAACUAGAAAGAAACAUACAAAAUGUACUAGAAAUUGAUUUUAGUAAUGAUCUAAAUAAUUUAAUUUUUUUAAAAGAUGCUGAUUCUAUCAUUAUAAAAAAAAGCUAUAUUUUUUCUCUUUUCCCAAAAUAUUUUAAUUCUGACGAGUUUAUUAUUAUUAAGGAUGCAUUAUCUAAAUAUAAUCUUGAUGAUGUAUUAAUUUUUAAAAAUACAAAAAAAUAUUAUACAAAAAAAAAUAUUAUAAUUACUGACGAAGAAGUUUUUACAUACUUCUUAAAGAAUAAAAAUUUCAUAGAAUUUCCUGAACAAAAAAAUGAAGAAAACCCUCAAAUUGAAGAGCUUCAAGAAAACAAAAAUUUAAAAUGUGUUUUUAUACACCCUAAAAAUUAUAUAUCACCAUAUGAAAAAGUCAUAGAAAAGGAAAUAUAUUCAACAAAAGUUGUUCAAAAUCGAAAAAAAUUAAAAAAAUAUAUAUAUAUUAAUAAAGAGAAAAAAGGCAAACAAAUAGAAGAAUUCGUUAAUUAUAAUAAAUUUUUGUCUAUUACUGGAAAUUUAAUAUCAAAUGAAACGUUACAACAAUUGACGCUAGAUUUUUGUUCAAAAAAUUAUAUUAUACAUGAAGAAAAAAGCACUCAGACAUACAAAGCAAUUAACAAAAAUAUUGGAAUUCAAUAUAAUAUAGAAUUUUUAAAAAAAAAAAAAGAAGAAAUUUUGAAAUCAAAUAAGAUAAAUAAAUAUCUACAUAAAAUUUUACCACUUGUGGAAAAAUCGAUGAUUGAAAAUAUUAUAAUUUCAGAACAAAUUAAAGAACCAAAUAAUAAUAACAUAGAUAUAUUAUCAUAUAAAAAUAUAAAAUACCUAAAUAAAAUAUUUAUAUAUACAGAUAUAAAGUAUACAACAGAUAAAGUAGCUUUAUUUACCAUGUCUUUACCACAUAUCAAUUAUUUAAUAUUUAUAAUAUAUGUUAAUAAUUAUAAAAAUACUUUACAAAUUGAAGGAGUUAACACAGAUAGUUACAUCCUUAUAUGGUCUUAUAGCAAUUACAUGAAUCCGCUUUAUGCCUUGAUAUCUCCAUAUCAAAUUUCUACUGCAAUCGUGAAUGAAAAAGACAACAAUAUGGUUAUUGCUGGAUCUAACAAUGGACUGUUAAUUAUUUGGAAAUUACCCCCCAAUUACCAUGAAGAUUUCUUUUUAAAUUCCAAAACAAAUGAAAAAACUAUAGAUGUAGAACCAUACUUAUUUAGCUGUAUAGAAGAGUCACAUCGAAGGGAAGUAACAUCCCUAAUAUUUUUAAGUGACAAAACUUUAAUAUUAAGUGAAAAAAAAAUAUCAAUAAAUAGCCAGAAAAACUCCCAUUUGCUAUUUUCUGUCUCAGUUGACGGGAUAAUAUUAAUAUGGGAUGCCACAAAUAUUGAAAGAGUUAAACCCAAAACUGAAAUAAAAAAAAAAGAGAUUGAAUUAGCAGAUGAACUAUACAGUUUUAAACCAAUUUUCAAAAUAGAUAUUACACGACCCAAUACAGAAUGCUCAUUAGGAUUUACAUACUUCCAUUUCUUGGAGAUAAAUUCACAUACUUCCCAAUUUUUUGCCUUUUCCGAAGAAGGAGAGUAUGUAAUUGGGAAUAUAUACAAUUGUAUGCAGAAAGACAGAAACUUUUCUAUUGUUUCUGAAAUCAACAGCGACUACAAAAAUUUUAAGACAUUAUUGUCUAUAAAAAGAAAUACUAUAAUAAAAAAUUUAAUUUUAACUUUAACUGAUCAUAAUUUUUACUUGUGGAAGGAAGAUGAAAAACAUCCCUUUUUUAUUUCACCAAAAAGCAACGAAAUAUACUCGUGUUGCGAAUUUAGCCAAACUAAAAUAAGUGUCAUAUAUAUAGGAAAAACAAAUGGACAUAUAGAAAUAUGGAAUUUGCUAGAACACAAAAAGCAGUGUAUACACUCAGUAUCAAUUAGUAAUUCGAGUUUAAUAUGUAUAAGCAUUUUGGAAAAUACGGAUCCAAGUAUAUUUAAUUCUUUUGAAAAGAAAAACACCAUUUCAGUAGAAAAUAAUAACCAAACAAAUUAUGAUGAUGAGACUGAGAUUGUAGACACUAAUGAUUACUUAAGAAGUAAAAAUGAAGAUGAUGCAUAUAAAUAUUCUUACAACAAAAUAAUAAUUGGCGAUUCUAAUGGAUGUGUUUAUGUUUAUCAAAUGGAACAAAAUCUUCUAAACUCGACGAAGGAAGAAACUGAUGAGUUUAUACUUUGGAUGGAAAAUCAAAUAUAUGUGAAUAAACAAAAAACUAAAAGACAAUUUGAAUUAUCCGAAGAAAAAGAUAAAAUGUUAAAGAAGGAUAUAGGAAAUGCAAAUGAAAGAAAAGAACAACUUGAAACUAAAUUAAAUGAAGAUUUCAAAAAAGUAAUGGAGAAAUAUAGAAAUUAUUUAUUAGGGGAUAAACUGUAA